GAUUCAUAUUGCCGAGGCUGUUAUUUGUGUUCUGGACUUAACUGGCUGGGCUAGGCAGAUAGGAAGGACCGAAUAGCACCCAAGACUGCUCAGGGCAUACGUUAUAACAGUGGCGACGGGGAUUUUGGUACGCAAAAGAAAAAAGUAUACAGUUUUCGACGGGGAUUCUGGAAAAAAAUACAGCAACCCAAUACUGUUCGUACUAUUUCAAGUAUCAUUUGCAUUCGAUCAGUAAAAUCCACUCCUCUCUAAUUGCACGUUCAUAUAUAUAUUACGGACGCAUACGUUAUAACAGUGGCGACGGGGAUUUUGGUACGCAAAAGAAAAAAGUAUACAGUUUUCGACGGGGAUUCUGGAAAAAAAAUACAGCAAUCAAGACUGCAUCGUACGAUUUCAAGUAUCAUUUGCGUCCGAUCAAUAAAUUCACUCCUCUCUAAAUUGGCGUUCAUAUAAAUUACGGGCCCAUACGAUAUAACAACUGACGACAGGGUAAAAAAAUGGCUUUAACUUCCGAUCAAUUUCAGUUGCUAAUUCAGAGACAAGAGCAGCGUUUUAAAAAGAGUCAGUUGGAUUUCAUUGACAAGUUACACGCGACGCUGCUGAAUCACCCAUGCUUUGGGGGUGCAACGGAAGUUGACGCAUUGAUUUCUAAAUUGCGUACGGAACUGGAAGUCGAUUACAGAACAAAUGAAUAUGCAGAGGAAAGCCUCUAUGAAUCCGCGAAAAACAGUAAUUUAGAUGCAGCAGUAACAGUCCUACAUGAUCAGCCCAGUAGUCCGGUGCUGCCUGUUUCAGAAACGUGCCCGGUAGUGGAUUCAAACACCACUAUCCCUGAAUUAGCAGGUCCGAACAGUGAUGCUCCCAGCUCUCAGCAACAUGAUGCCAUGUCAAAUGCUCAUGAAAUUGCUGCAGUACCCGCCCACGAAGAAAUGGGAAGCAAAUCGAGCAGUAUAUUGAAUGCAGAGGCGCCAAAUGAAAUUAUUCAUGAUACGGAAAAUUUUUCUAAUGAAUCUAAUGAUCAAAAUUAUCUAAUUGUUCUGCCAGAUCCCGAUUAUUUUACUGAUUCAUAUGUUCCAGUUCAAAUCUCUUAUAAAAAUGGGAGAAAAAUAUCGGAUGCAUUAAAUGAUAAUCAAGAAUCCAAUACAAAUUUCAUAGAUACUGAUUAUCCUAAUGAUUCAUUAUUUACUAAUGAGGUUCCGAGUAAAUUCAAGGAAACUGUUUCAGAAGAAUCAGACGCUGGUGACCUCAAAUCGAAUGUAGUCGAUCCUCACGAUCUAAUAAGUUCUCGUGGAUUCUCAGCUAAAUACGACGAAUAUGUUUUAAAUAAUGUCACAAUAACGGUAACUUGGGUACAUGAGGAUCCAACAGUCUUUCGUGGGGGAGGAUGAAUUCGAGAAAUUAAAAAUCCGGAUGUCGACUCCGGAUUUCUCAAAAAGGGGAGGUGUUAUAUCCCCUGGUGAAUUAUGAAUCGUAAAUCUGAGGUCUAUUAUCGACCAAUGUAUUAUGCCUAUUUCUUAUUGUACAGUUGUUACGUAACUAAAUUAUUCAUAUUCGUGUUUUCUAUUAUUUUGAUCUUUGAUUUAUGAUCAUACGAUUCUUGAGUUAUAAUCAGUGUAUUGAUUACUUUGCUUUGUAUAAAAACUCAGUAUGUUUGUAAAUAAUGAUUCAUAUUGCCGAGG